AUGGGCUCCAGGAUGUUCCAGUUUCUUCUACUGGGCAUAUUCACAGUACUCUUCAUGGAUGAGGAUAUUCGAAACUGCAGAAAAUGUGAUUUCUUUGAUGGGUACAAAUGCCAUGGAGGCAUGAAAAGUUGUUGGAAGUUUAAUGUCUUGAUGAAUAAUAGGACCUGUACCACAGAUCAUUAUUACUUUAAUGAUCGCAAGACAGGGAGAUAUAUGUUUCGUUAUACAAAACUAUCCUGUCGGUCUUGUGAAGAGGGAAUGUUUCAGGUAUUCCAUGACCUGCUGAGAGAAACAUUUUGCUGCACUGAUGAAGACAUGUGCAAAUUUCUGGACUUUGUGAAAGAGACUUCAAGAUUAUGCUAUAAAUGUGGACAAUAUCAUCUCGGAUUAUGCUAUAAUGGCAUGAAGUUCUGCUACCUGAAAUACAAGCAGUACUGUGCUACAGAGAACAUUUAUAUGCUUACAAAAUCAGGAAGAAGUAUGUAUUUUUAUUCAAAGCUGUCAUGUAUGUACAACUGUGAGUACAUCAACUUCUUGGAUUAUAACAAGAGAACAGAGCUCAUCUGUUGUACUCAUAGUAACUUUUGCAACCUUCCAGAGGGGGACUAG